AUGUUUCGGGCUGGAACCAUUGCCCUGGCGCUGGCAGCGCUUGCACAUGGCGCACCUAUAUCUGAUGACAACAAAGUUGUCGAGGAGAGGCAGUGGCAGAUAGGGGAUCCAUGGACAACCAUCAUAUGGGGAAACCAACCACCCCCAACUGCACUUCCCACCAGCGGCCCUGGUCUCCUUCCCCCCAUCACGGGCGGGUUCAAUCCUCCUCCAAAGGAGAAGAGACAGGACAACAUUGGCCCAGUGCUUGGCGGUAGCGACCCGAGUGCACUGAAGGCACACAUCAUCGACCUUGAACUGGAAUACGAAAGACUCCGCCAGCAGUACGGAACGCAUGCGCCGCCAUCCGUCGUGAGGCGCCAGAAGGAGAUUGAAAAUGAGCUCAAAAAGUACGGUAUUACCAUCGUCGCUACCCCGGAUGGUACCUCAACAACCAUAACCUUUGGAAAAGCGAAGAGACAAGAGAACAUUGGACCCUUCCUUGGAGGAAGUGACCCCAGUGCCCUGAAAGAGCAUCUGGUAGCUCUUGAGUUGGAGUAUGAGUUUCUGGUCCAGCAGUACGGGAAACACGCGCCACCGUCUGUCUUAAGGCGCAAGGAGGAAAUCGAGCACGAGCUCAAGAAAUAUGGGAUCACCAUUGUCGCUAGCCCGGAUGGGACUUCGACAACCAUUACUCCAGGAAAGGCCAGGAGGCAGGAGUCGUUCAUUGGAGAUGGAUCAUAUGGCAAUGCUGCUUUCAAUCUGGAGGGUCUGGAGAGGACCCUGGAAGCAUUAAUGCAACAAUACGGUCCCAACCCUCCACAUGAUGUCUACAUCAUUGAGGAGAACAUCAAGCACAUUCUCCUUGCUUAUGGAAUCAAGAUCAUCCAGUCUCCUGACGGCACCUCGACGACUAUAUACCCAUCUACCAAGCGGUCAGCACCAGACUAUGACAUCGAAAAACUGGAGAUUGUCCUUGAGUCCCUAAUUCAGAAGUACAACGGGGAACGUCCACCGUUGGCUGACUGGCUGGUUAUCCAACACAUUGCAGCCGUCCUCAAAUCAUACGGAAUUACUGUUCAACAAUCACCCGAAGGCACCGUCACCAUUAUCAAGCCAAGCGACAAGCGCCAAAGCACCAUCUCACUGGGUGACAGCGUCAACACGGUUGCACUUCAGGCUUUGUUCGCCAUGCUCGAGGCCACAUACGGUUCCAACCCACCCCGUGAUAUUUACCUCAUUGAGCAGACUAUCGCCACGAUCCUAAGCAUUAAGGGAAUCAUCAUCCCGGGCUUCACUAUUCCUGGUGGUCCGUUGACCCCUGAGAAACCCAUCCCAGGAGGUGGCAUGAUUCCUGACCCAACUGUGCCGGGUGGUAGUAUCACUCCGGACCCGACAGUUCCAGGAGGCUCUCUGAACCCAAGCACGAAGCGCGACGGACCUGGCUUCUCGGUAGAGGGACUUCAAGCCGCAUUAGCCCAGCUGGAGGCACAGUAUGGGGGGUACGGGUCGGGCAAGAUUCCCGUCUCGGUGUUCAUCAUAAUGCAGAACAUCGUCACGAUUCUCCAGGCCGAGGGGGUUACCGUACCAGGAUGGCCAACGUUGGGCGGAGGGUCAACUAUCAUAGGCCCAUCCACCUAG